UAAAAAUAACCAAAACGAAAUCGGCAUCGCCGUGAACAAGGAAAGCAUUUCGCUGAUUCUUUCUCUUCGCGGUCUCCAUAGCUCAUCGAAUCAUAACUCGGUACCUAUAAAUACACCCAAUCAUCGUUCGGCUCUCGAGCCAUCACCAUUCGAUUCUUCUAUUCUCUGUCGAAGCCCUAGAGAUUCUCUUAUCGCAGCCAUCAAUACUUAGCAAAGGUUAUUGUUGCUGAACUUAUUCGGCUUUAUCGUUUGAUUGUUUAUUGUUCUUCUAUUUGGUGAUGUUCUGUUUACGGCAGACUUAACUCGAAAUAAUCGCCAGCUAUGUCAAGGAAGAUGCUCAUAGACGGUGAACAGUGCCACCAGGCUGAAGCGGAGGAACACUACGACUUUGAUUUAUUCGUUAUUGGAGCAGGGAGUGGUGGUGUUCGUGCUAGUAGAUUUUCAGCUAGUCAUGGAGCAAAGGUUGGCAUCUGUGAACUUCCAUUCGAUCCAAUCAGCUCAGAAGUAGUUGGAGGAAUUGGUGGAACGUGUGUCAUUCGUGGCUGUGUUCCCAAAAAGAUUCUAGUCUAUGGGGCAUCGUUUGGUCCUGAGCUUCAGGAUGCUCGAAGUUUUGGUUGGGAUGUGAAUGAGAAAGUGGAUUUUGAUUGGAAGAAACUUCUACAAAAGAAGACAGAUGAGAUAGUCCGAUUAAAUGGAAUUUACAAGCGUUUACUGACUAAUUCGGGAGUAAAAAUGUAUGAAGGAGAGGGAAAGAUUGUAGGUCCACACGAAGUUGAGGUGACACAACUUGAUGGUACCAAAAUAUGUUAUUCAGCAAAGCACAUACUGAUUGCAACUGGCAGUAGAGCGGUCAUUCCUGAUAUUCCUGGGAAGGAAUUUGGGAUAACAUCUGAUGAGGCUUUGAGUUUAGAGGAAUUGCCUAAGCGUGUUGUGGUGCUUGGAGGAGGGUACAUUGCCGUUGAAUUUGCUUCGAUCUGGAAUGGUAUGGGUGCCAAAGUUGACCUAUGUUUUAGAAGGGAACUUCCACUGAGAGGUUUCGAUGAUGAAAUGAGAGCAGUGGUUGCAAGGAACCUGGAAGCCAGAGGAAUUAAUAUGCACCCAAGAACAAAUUUGACAGAAUUGAUAAAAACAGAGAACGGAAUAAAAGUUAUCACAGAUCAUGGCGAGGAGUUGUUGGCAGAUGCUGUGUUGUUUGCGACUGGUCGUGCUCCUAAUUCAAAAAGAUUAAAUUUGAAUGCAGUUGGUGUCGAAGUUGAUAAACAUGGUGCUGUGAAGGUUGAUGAGUAUUCACGAACGACUGUACCUAGUAUAUGGGCUAUUGGAGAUGUUACUAAUCGAAUGAAUCUUACACCUGUGGCUUUAAUGGAGGGAUCGUACUUUGCUAACACUGUUUUUGGUGGUGAACCUACCAAACCAGACUACAAUUUUGUGCCCUAUGCUGUAUUCUGCAUACCGCCUCUCUCUGUUGUGGGCCAAAGUGAAGAAGAAGCUGUAGAGAAAGCGAAGGGUGACAUUCUGGUGUACACGUCUUCGUUCAAUCCAAUGAAGAAUACUAUCUCUGGCCGACAAGAGAAGACGGUAAUGAAGCUUGUGGUUGAUGGUGACACACAAAAGGUCCUUGGCGCAUCCAUGUGUGGGCCUGAUGCUCCUGAGAUUAUGCAGGGAAUUGCCGUCGCUCUUAAAUGUGGAGCAACUAAGAAACAGUUUGACAGCACUGUUGGAAUACACCCAUCUGCUGCAGAGGAGUUUGUAACGAUGCGAAGUAUUACUAGGCGGAUUGAAGCAGGUAGCAAAUUGAAAACAAACCUGUAAAAGCACACCCACACAUUUUAGUGGAGCAUUGGAAGAUGCCACGUCUCGAUGGUAAGUAAAAUAUGAUUCUCAUUUUCAUAAUUUACAGAAAUGUUACUACGGGCACAUAUAUAUAUAUAUAUAUAUUUUGAAAAAAAAGAUCUUUUUAUUUAUUUUGUUGGAAUAAGAAGUUCGCUAUGUUAAAAUGUGUGAGCCUGAGGUGACAAAUUACUAUUCAUAAUGUCUUUUUUUCAAAAAAAAGAAAAAGAAAAAGAAAAAGAAAAAAAGAAAUGUUUAUUUUUACUGAACUGAGUUAGCAAUAUUUUGCGUUUAAAUGUGGAAGUGAUUUCUUCCUUAGAUUAUUUUAUAUAUUGUUCAGUGUCGAAGAGUUCCUCUAGGUUUUGGAUAUCUCCUCCAUGUGGACUUCCACUCGUUGGUUUAUUCGGUUUGGAAAUAAAGGUAAGAUUUGUGUUUGGUUUUAUUUGUUUUAUGUAAUUUUCGAAAAUUGUUUUGCCAAGUUUGGUAAUGGUGGUUUGUUCGUUCAUUUCGAUGCCGGUUUGGUUGUUUUCCGCAACUUUUCUUGAUUGAUACUUUACCUCCAAUAGAUUUUAGACAAAAAUCAAACGGA